AUGAAUUACGAACAUAGUCGUGAACAAGAUGUAAAUUUGUUGACUAUUUCACGGCCAACUGACAAAGAUUUUAAUUCAACAAUUGCGAUUGUUGCUCAGCCAGACGGAUCUGGUCACCAGGAAGUUCCAACUUCUCCCGUACCUUCUCACGAUUCCGGUUUUACCGUAAGUCCUAGCACAUUUAGAGACGGCACUUAUGUUUCAAAUGACGUGGGAGCCACUAGUUCAGGAGUAGUUUUAACUGUUGGAACGACCUUUGAAAAUUGGGAACAUGUUGACGAAUAUCUUGAGAUAUAUGGGCGUGAGCAAGGUUUUGUCGUUAGAAAAAAACGUGUGGAAAGAGAUGAAAUGGGAAUGGUUAGGAAAAGGACGUAUGAUUGUGAACAUGGGGGACGAUAUACACCAAAGAAAAAGGCAGCGUUGUCCGAACAACGCAAUAGGACCUCAAAGCGUAUUGAAUGCGGAUGGCAUAUCAAUCUUUCUUUUCCCAAAACUAGUUCACACAUAACUGUUACCACUUUUGUAAAUGAGCAUAAUCAUACGUUAAAUCUUCAACAAACGCGAGAACCUCGUCCAUCAGCACAUGCAUCAUCGGCUCAUUCGGUUUCACCAAGGUAUCGAAGUGUGCUGGAAGCAGCAGCACCUAAAAAUCGUAGCUUACCAAAAUCUGUACUUGAAGAUAUCGAAUUCUAUACUCUUCAUGGAAAUCUUGGCGUCACAACCCAGCGACAAUUAUUGAAGGCGAAGUACCCAAAUCAUCAACUUCCCGCACGUGAUAUUGCCACUGCAGUUCAAAAGUUUAAAGGUGACACAGACAUAAAGCAAUUAGACAAUGACGCAGCAAAACUUUGGAUUUGGGAACUAGCUAGGAAAGCAACGCAAAUUGCGGUUGAUCAACAAGACCAUAGUUUAGAAGAGCUUUUAAAAAGUUAUAUAAAGGACAAGGAGGAACGUACGAGAACGAAUUCUCAGAAUACACAACAAUAA